AUGGGAGAAAAUGUACCACCCAACUCGGCCGCGCAAACAUCAGCAGCCGCCGACCAGCCCGGCCGACCUUACUACGAAUCCCUUCGAACAAACCUACGCGCGACCCUCGAGAAGAAGCGACGGCUAGACGAACAGCUCGCCAUGGUCGAGGAACAAAUUCACAAACACGAAGGCAAUUACCUCGAGGAAACCGCCAACUCAGGCAACAUCGUCCGCGGCUUCGACGGCUGGGUGAAAGGCGUAACGAUUUCAGCAGGCGGUCGCGGCGCGGUGGACGAUCGAAGAAGAGGACGUGUGAGGGAGGAGGAUCGAGUGUUUAGUCGGAGCUCAGUGGGAUGGAUGCGCUUGCAGGAGGGACCUGAGUCGAAUACGCCAUCGCAUGCGCCGACUCCGACGGGUUCGACGGCGCCGCAGUUGAGUCGUGCGGACACGGCUGCUUCGACGCCUGUUGCUUCGGGAGUCAAAGCUCCAGGGAACAAGAAGAAGAGACCGACGGAGAAGGAUGAGGAGGAAGAUUCGAAGCCAAGCAAGAGGGGCAAGAUUUCGUACUCAAGGGAGUGA